AAUUGUUUACAGUGUCAUCAAUAAUUUUGUAGAUAUUGGUUGCAUUGUAAUCAAUAAAUGUAAUAUGAGUGAAGAAUAAAUUUAAUUAAAUUUGUGAUAUAAUUUGGCUGAAAAAAAAUUGAUUGGGAAAAUUUGAUUUGAAAAAUAAGACUGGCAGGUUGACGAAAGAGUCAGGAAAAUACAUGAUACUGUCAGGGGAAUUUCAGAAUGAAAAAAAUAAAGAAAAAGGAAAAAGAAAAAUCUGUAUAGAAAAUAAAUAGAUAAAAUAUGACUGAAAAGUGAAUAAUUGAAGGACUGAUGACAUGUUAAAAUGUUUUCAGAAAUUGGGAUAUAUCCGAAGAAAAUCCUCAAGAUGCAGAGAGGGGAAAUACAUAUGCCCGAGUUUAAAUGUACGGGUUUUUCCGAAACAGAUUUGAGAAGUGCGUGGCUCCGAUGGAAACGCGGAUUUAUGCGAGUUGCUUCGGCAUGCGGAGAAACCAAUAAGAUCAAACUCAGGGACUUAUUGUUGGCAUACGCAGGCUUCGAGUUGCAGGAAGUGUACCAUGAUUUAAUGGAAGGGAAGGGGAAAGACCCAGACUCCGAAGAUUUUGUGGAGUCAGAUGACCCAUUAAAGGAGGCUCUGGAUUUGCUGGACGAACACUUCAUGCCCAAGAGGCAUGAAAGUUACGAAAGAAAUAUUUUCUGGACUCUAACUCAAAAGCCAGAAGAACCGUAUCUAGAGUUUUUGCUUAGAGCACAACGGCAGUUGAACAAAUGCAAAUUUGGGAAGACGGAACAGGAGCAAAGAGCAAAUGCCAUGGUGGAUAAAAUUAUCCUCACUGCAGAUGAGGAAAUUCGUACUAAACUCUUGGCAAAGAAAGAUAUGGAUCUUGACGAAGUACUCAGACUUGUGAAGGGUUUUUUGUCUGCAAAAACAGCCUCAAAUGAGAUCGGCAAAGGCAAGCCAAGUACAUCUUCUGGAAUGGCAAAUACGGGAUCCCAAAGCAGUGUUUACCAAAUAAAAGAAAAUGGUGGCAAGUUUCAAGCGAAGGGGGAAUGUUACCGGUGCGGGAGAACGGGACAUUAUGGGAAAGAUCCGAAGUGUCCAGCUCGAGACAAGAUAUGCUCUAAGUGUUCAUUAAAAGGACAUUUGGCUGCAAAAUGCCGAACUAAAAGAGCCAUAAAACGUCCUAACGAACAAAACACCGUUUCAAUACCGACCAAGAGAGUACGGGUGAAUGCCGUUGAAGAUGUUUCAAAGAGAGAAGAAGAAAAAUCGGAUUCAAGCUUCAUCUUCAAUGUUGGGGAUGGAGACGAAUUCAUAUGGUGUCAAAUUGGUGGCGUCCUGAUCGAGAUGCUGAUCGAUUCAGGGUCAUCACAAAAUAUAAUUGACGAGACUACAUGGCAAUAUAUGCAAAAUAACGGAAUCCAAAUUCAAGAUGUCGAAGGUCAAAACUCCCCAAAACAAUUAAGAGCAUAUGCCCAGACAGAGCCACUUAGAAUAAUGAAGAUAUUUAAAGCAAAUAUCUCUGUUGUGGGAGCAAAAACUGGUGUUUCAUGCAAUACCACCUUUUAUGUGGUAGCAGGAGGUUCUCAGUCGUUAUUGGGGAAAUCCACUGCGAAGUAUCUUGGAGUUUUGGUAUUGGGGCUACCCAACACUUCCGAUCAAUUGAUUGGCCAAAUAGAGGACCAAAGGAUCACACCCUUUCCGAAGAUGAAAGGAAUAAAAAUUGUGAUACCGAUAGACAAGUCCGUUACACCGGUAACACAACAUGUGCGCAGGCCUCCAAUCGCCUUGCUAAGCAAGGUUGAAGAGAAAUUGGAUGAACUGUUGAAAUCCGAUAUAAUUGAACCGGUACAUGGCCCAAGUGAGUGGGUAUCGCCUAUUGUGGUAAUCCCUAAAGACAAUGGAGACAUCAGACUCUGCGUCGAUAUGCGGCAGGUAAACAAAGCCAUUAAGCGGGAAAAUCACAUGAUGCCAGUAUUGGAGGAUUUUCUGCCAAAAUUGGGGUCAGCCAGAAUAUUUUCGAGACUGGAUAUAAAAAAUGCCUUUCAUCAAAUGGAACUGGAGCCUAAUUCUCGACACAUAACAACAUUUAUAACACAUAAGGGUAUGUUUCGGUACAGGAGGUUGAUGUUCGGAAUAUCCUGUGCACCAGAGAUUUUUCAGAAAGCCAUGGAGCAAAUUUUGUCACGUUGUCCUAAUACCAUCAAUUAUAUAGAUGAUAUUGUCAUCUUCGGAUCAACUCAUGAGGAUCAUCAAGCAGCUCUGGAGAUGGUAUUGACCACUUUGAAAGAAUAUAAUGUUUUACUAAACCAGUCGAAAUGUAUCUUCGGGGUAGCUGAGAUUGAAUUCUUAGGCCAUCACAUUUCAGCCAAAGGCAUCAAACCAACUGAAUCAAAAGUGGCUGCUGUCCAAAAAUUCAGGGAACCAUCAAGUAAGGAGGAAGUGCGGAGCUUCCUAGGCCUGAUUACUUAUGUAAGUCGCUUCUUACCCGACUGUGCUACAGCAACAUAUACCCUGCGACAACUCGCCAACAGCAAAGAACCUUUUAAAUGGGAGGAAAUUCACCAAACCGCAUUUGACAAUCUGAAGACGAUGAUGAGUGAUGUGAAGACUUUGAGUUUUUUCCGGAACGACAGAAGAACAAGGGUCAUUGCAGAUGCAUCUCCUGUGGGUUUAGGAGCAGUGCUCGUCCAAUUUGAAGAUGAGACGGAGAAAAGACCUCUUAUUAUUGCCUAUGCCAGUAAAAGUCUAACUCCAACGGAACGACGCUACUGUCAAACGGAAAGGGAGGCGUUGGCGUUGGUAUGGGCUGUGGAACGGUUUCACAUCUAUCUAACUGGAAGAGAAUUUGAAUUGGAAACCGACCACAAACCACUGGAGGUCAUAUUUAAACCCACAACAAAACCCUGUGCUCGAAUUGAAAGAUGGCUCUUAAGGCUACAGUCUUUUACGUUCAGGGUUAUUUACAAGAAGGGGUCCUCCAACAUUGCGGAUCCUUUCUCGAGACUUCCGGAAACAACAGUCAAUACUCCUGACUUCGACCCAGCAGAGGAAAUGUUUGUCCGCACCAUUUUAGAAUCGGCGGCAAUAGAUGUAACGGAGAUUGAAAAAGCAUCACAAGACGAUCCAGAAGUACAGGCACUUCGGCAGGCAAUUGAUUCGGGAAGAUGGUCCGACGCCAUCCUUAAGCCAUUCCAAGCUUUUAAAUUAGAGUACGGAUGUGUGGGCAAUUGUGUCAUCCGAGGGAACAAAUUUGUGGUGCCGAAGAAUCUUAGAAAACGCAUGUUGAAUCUGGCUCAUGAGGGUCACCCAGGCGAAACAGCAAUGAAAAGGAGACUGAGAGACCGAGUCUGGUGGCCCGGGAUAGAUCUGGAUGUAGUGAAGAUGGUGCAGUUAUGUGAAGGUUGUCGAUUGGUGUCGAUUCCGAACAAGCCCGAGCCCAUGAUAAGGAGAGAAUUGCCAGUUGGACCUUGGAUCGACCUAGCCAUCGACUAUCUAGGGCCCUUACCUUCAGGAGAAUAUUUGUUGGUAGUUAUCGACUAUUUCAGUCGUUACAAAGAAAUUGAAAUCACCAACAAAAUCACUGCAAGGGAGACCAUUCUGCGACUGGAUAAAAUUUUCACAAGAUUGGGUUAUCCAAGGACGAUAACUCUCGAUAACGCCAAGCAGUUUGUGAGCAGUGAACUGGAGGAAUACUGCAGGGAAAAAGGAAUCUGCCUGAAUAAUACAAUCCCUUACUGGCCCCAACAAAAUGGCGAAGUGGAAAGGCAAAAUAGAUCUCUCCUUAAAAGAAUCCGCAUCAGCCAUAAUCUGGAUCGCGAUUGGAAGAAGGAUCUUCAAGACUAUCUAGUCAUGUACUACACAACUCCACACAGCACUACAGGGAAAACACCCACUGAGUUGUGUUAUGGCCGUACGAUUAGGGGAAAAAUCCCGUCACUAGGAGAUCUUGAGACUUCUCCACCCAGCACAGACUAUCGCGAUAAAGACAAAUUUGAAAAGGAAAAGGGGAGAGAGAGCGAGGACGCCAAGCGCAAAGCCAAAACCUCGGGAAUAGUCGUAGGAGAUGUGGUGGUGGCACGGAACCUACAACCAGGCAACAAACUGCAAAGUGUCUUCGGAAGAACCCAAUAUAAAGUAUUGAGGAAGUCAGGGGCAGCGGUUCUCAUCCAGGACUUAGAGACUGGGAAGCAGUUGGAGAGAAAUGUAUCCCAUUUGAAAAAGGUUCCAGAAGGACAGCCAGAGAACGCUCUACAUAGAAAGCGAAGCGACUUUGUGGAAGGAGCUUUCCUGGGAUUUUGAAAUUCAUGGAAAAAAGGAGGGAUGUGGUACACUAUGAAGUUGCCACCGAACGAGAGCUGCGCCAUCUGGGAGAAACAGGGUGACAGGUGAAGUGAGAAGCAAGUGUCAGUGUAUGUGUGGCUGUGAAGUGUUGCGGUGAAAUAAAAAGCCAAUAAGAAAA